GUCAUACACCAUCCAAAAUGGCAGCGCCCAGUAGAUCAGAUGAACCAUUUGGAACUGAAGGCGUUAAUACAAUUGAAGCAAACGAAAUGUGUUCGAAGAAGGCUACGGCGUUGGCACCUCUUGCUCUGCAAAUCGUAGCUGAAUGUCCCGUGACCAAAGCCAGAGUCUGCGAUCUCGCUUUGCCACACUGUAUAGUGAAUACACCGGUGUUCAUGCCUGUUGGCACUCAAGGAACACUCAAGGGAAUCACUGUGGAUCAACUAGAGGACCUUAACUGUCAAAUAUGCCUCGGCAAUACGUAUCAUUUGGGUACAAGACCGGGUCCUCGAUUAUUUGAUAAGGCAAAUGGCCUUCAUGGUUUCAUGAACUGGAAAAGAAAUCUUUUGACGGACAGUGGGGGUUUUCAAAUGGUGUCUCUGGUUGAGCUGUCGGAAGUCACAGAAGAGGGAGUGAAGUUUCGGUCCCCAUAUGAUGGCAAGGAAAUCCUUCUCACUCCGGAGGAGUCAAUCGCCAUACAGAACAGUCUUGGGUCUGACAUAAUGAUGCAGCUGGAUGAUGUGGUCAGCAGCACUGUUACAGGGCCUCGAGUGGAGGAGGCCAUGCAUCGGUCGAUUCGCUGGCUGGACCGCUGCAUAGUGGCCAACAAGAACCCUGAUCGGCAAAAUCUAUUUGCCAUCAUACAGGGCGGUCUUAAUCCCCAGUUACGCAAAGCAUGCUUAGAGGAGAUGACAAAACGAGACGUCCCUGGUUUCGCCAUCGGGGGCUUGAGUGGCGGAGAGGAAAAGGACGAUUUCUGGAAAAUGGUGACCCUCAGCACAGACCACUUGCCCCGCUGUAAACCCCGUUACCUGAUGGGUGUCGGAUAUGCAGUGGACCUGGUGGUGUGUGUGGCUCUUGGGUGUGACAUGUUCGACUGCGUCUUCCCCACUCGCACAGCGAGGUUUGGCUCAGCGUUGGUUCCCUGGGGAUCUCUGCAGCUAAAAACGAAGCAGUUUGCUAAAGACCUCCAGCCCAUAGAUCCAGACUGCAAUUGCCCCACCUGUAGGAGACACACGCGGGCCUACCUUCAUGCCCUGCUCAAAUGUGAUACAGCAGGAAUGCACCAUAUAACUGUCCACAACAUUUCUUACCAGCUUACCCUGAUGCGAUCAAUUCGUCAGAGUAUUAUUGAGAGCAGGUUCCCUGAGUUUGUCAAGUCCUUCAUGAAGAGAAUGUUCCCUACGCCAGACCAGUACCCCAGGUGGGCUGUGGAGGCGCUUGCUUCAGUAAACAUCGCCCUGGACUAACCUUUGCAGGCUGCCCAGCAGCUGUUGUCUUGUAGUGACACUGAAGAAAAAUGGACCUCCUUUUUUAUCGCUCAGGACUCACUUUUGUUUAAAGCAACAAUUCCAAACAUGUCUCAUUUUUACCCACUUUGUUUUUACUUUUCCUUCUUUUUACAGUUUUUAUUUAAUUUUCAUCUCCUCAGUUUUUUUUUAUGGUACAAUUUUUUUAUUAAAGACAUAUUUCCUGGGAUAGAAUUUAAUCAACAUCAUGCUCAAAUAUUAACGGGACAAAAAAAUGAAUUAAGGAAUUCUCAAACAAAGAAUUUUCUAUUUUAUAUUCAGCAAAUAAAACCUUUAAUGUCCAUUUAGAAUUAUUUUUAUUUUUGUGUUCGGUUACAGAUGUCAAAAAAUGAACUGCAAUUUUUCAGGACCACAUUAUUCAUGACCAUCAUCAUUGUGGAUGCAGCUUAAACAAAAGUAAAUAGGCUUGUACCACUCAGAGAUUUUCUGGUCUUAGACUAGGUGGUUCAUAUGGUCAGGUCUGUGUAGGGCCAAACCUUCUGCUGAAACUAUUCUUCAGUCUGAGUCUUCAAAGUGUUUCAGCACUGCAGUGCUUCAAGGUUGUAUAGUUUCUAUAAAAGAUACUGUUUUAUUAACAUGCACUGUAAACAAUAGACAUCAAUGUUGUCA